UUUCUCUCCCCCCGUCCAGUCGCUCGUUAACCACAGACCCAGCCGUCCCAUAACCCUGCGAUUCGCACUUCCUGGUCGUGUUACAGCUUCAGCGGACAAAUCACGAGUCAACCAUGGUGGACUCGACAACCAUCUCGACCCUCGUCCUCCUCGGUGCUGCGGCCCUCCUCCUCGCGACAGCCACCGUCUACCCGUCUAACUUGCUCCGCUGGUUACAGCGAAAGCGAUAUCAAUACGAAGUCACCUUCUCGUUGUACAUGCUUACGUCGACGGAAAAAUUUAUAUUCAACUCGAUCCUGUUCCUCAUUCUCUCCCUCCUCAUCAUCGCCGCCUCCCUCUAUCUCCCCGAACAUGUCCAAACCAUUGCAAACCGCAUGUUCUACUAUUGGUUCGGUGACGAAGACUCGCUCAACGGCGCAAGCAAAGCUGCGCAACAAGUCCUCACCACUUCGUCCAAAGUAAUCCGCGACGCGGCCACUUCCUUCCUCGGCAAGGACGCCCUCCACCAUCAACGGGUUGCCGGUGGUCUUGCCGGUGCCGGCUGAGGCUACAUGGAGCCGUGAGUUUCCCUUGCGCUUGAGAUUGAGUUUGUGGAACGAGUUCGUCUCCGGAACUAUGGAAGUGGAAGAACGAGGUCGGUAUAUAGAAAAUAAGGGGUCAAGCGAGCUCCGACGCGUCCCUUGCAUAACGGCUGCCGUGUUUGGUGUUUGUCGCUUGGGAAAAUUCUAAUCCUGGAUUCCCGGCCCCAAGCCAUAUGUCAUGACCCUGUGGUGAUAGCAUAGCUUGCGGAGCCGUUAUAAUAUUUUGCAUGGUUAGGCGUUCAGAGGAGGAGGCUCAGGACGGGCCGUGCCUUGGCGACCAGCCAUCCAGCCAUUCAUGGCAUACCACUUAAUCUUAAUGUCU